AGUGGAGCAACUUCUGGUAUCGGAGUUUACACUGCACAAGUAUUGUACAGACAGGGAGCUUGUGUCUACUUGGCAUGUAGAAAUGCAGAAAAAACCAAACAAGUAAUCAGACAAAUUCAAGACACUGUUGGAGAGAAGAGAUUAGAAGGAGGUUCAUUGAAUUUCAUCCGAUUGGAUCUCAAUGAUUUGGAAAGUGUUAGAGAAUGUGCUAAGGAAUUUCUUCAAAUGGGAAAGGUUUUGGAUUUGUUGAUUAAUAAUGCUGGAUGUGUUGCACUUGGAUUGAGAUUUUCCAAGCAAGGAUAUGAGGAAAUGUUUCAAUCAAAUGCCUUGGGACAUCACUUACUGAUUGAGCUAUUGUGGAACAAUUUGAAUAGCAAUCCAAAUGGUGCAAGAAUUGUAAUUGUUGCCUCAUUGGCUCAUUCAUUUGUUAGUGAUGCUGACUUUUUCGAUAAGGAACAAAAUACCUACACAAUGGGAGAUCGAGUAAUCAAACCAACCAAAAGAUUUUCCACAAUGAACCUUCUAGAUACCAACAAGCAAUAUGGCAUGUCCAAAUUGUUCAACAUUUAUCAAACCUAUCACUUUAAUGAGAGAAUUAAGAAUACUCCUAAUUGUAAGGUAACCAUUAAUUGUUGUCAUCCUGGAGCCAUUUCCAGUCAGCUUACAAGGGAGGCCCCACUCUAUAUUAAUUUGCUUUUGGGAAUUCCUGAAUUAUUAUUCUUCAAGAAUGUUAAACAAGGAUCUCAAAACACUAUUCAUUUGGCAUGCUCCCCAGAUGUUAAAUCCAUCUCUGGUAGCUAUUUUGAUGAUUGCCGUCCAGUGAAUCCAAGUGCAGUUGCCAAUAAUAAGAUCCUUCAAAAAUCAUUUAUUGAUUUUUGUGAGCCAAUCUGUAGUCAAUAUUCAUUGUAA